CGUAAGCGCAGCUGAGAGAUAACUGGAAGUUGCAUUUGUGGAAAAUCCGCCGACAAGAGUCAGAAUGAAUAAUGGAUCCAACCGAACUACUGACCCGAGCUGCACGGACAGACCUCCUCUCGCCAUCGACAUCAUCCUCAAUUUGGACAUCUUUGGCAUCAUCUUGUACUCUGUGCUCACCUUUAUGGCGACAGUGUCCAUGCUCGUCUUCAUAGAGGAGUGUAUCUACAUCUAUAGGAAAGUGCCCGCCAAUAAGAAGAGUGUAAUCAUCUGGGUGAAUGGGGCUGCACCGGUGAUUGGCACCAUGUCGUGUCUGGGGAUGUGGAUCCCCAGAGCCACCAUGUUUACUGAUAUGACCUCUGCCUGCUACUUUGCCAUUGUGGUGUUCAAGUUCCUGAUCCUGAUGCUGGAGGAGGUGGGUGGCGACGAGGUUUUCCUGAGGCGAGCAGGGAGACAUAAACUGAAGAUCAGCACGGGGCCUUGCUGCUGCUGCUGCCUCUGCCUGCCAUACGUUGCCAUCACACGACGCUCUCUCUUCCUGCUCAAACUUGGCUCCUUCCAGUUUGCUCUCCUGAAGAUAGUCUUCACCAUCCUUUCCAUUGUCCUCUAUACCAAUGGGACCUAUGACCUUGCUGAUUUGAACAUUACCGGAGCUGCUAUAUGGAUCAACCCAUUUGUGGGCAUCUUGACAAUCAUAGCACUGUGGCCUGUAGCGAUCAUGUUCAUGCACCUGAGGAUUGCCCUGCGGACACUCAGGAUUAUCCCCAAGUACGCCAUGUACCAGCUGGUGCUGAUCCUGAGCCAGCUGCAAACAGCUAUCAUCAACAUCUUGGCUUUGAAAAGGAUCAUCGCCUGCACCCCGCCCUUCUCCGCUGCAGCCAGAGGAUACAUGAUGAGUCAGCAGCUUUUGAUCCUGGAGAUGUUCAUCAUCACGCUGGUAACACGUCUGCUGUAUCGUCGCCAGUAUGAUCCUUUACCUGAAGAAGAAUGUGAUGACAAUGAAAACACCAAGAUGGUUGCAAUCCUCCAGUCUGCAUGAGAACUGUGUGUGUGUGUGUGUGUGUGUGUGUGUAUGUAUUUGUUUAAGCGAUUCUAUAAAUAAAUGUGAAUAAAUAUAAAUAUGAAUUAUUUGUACAUUAAUCUUGUGGGUGUUCAUUACGGGUCACAGAUUUGCAACCUCUUCAAAACUGUUCGCUAGACAGGGCACACCAACCACACACCUUAUCCAGUGGGAUCCAGCAGUAAUAACUGACUUGUUACCAAAAAAAGAGACCAUGCUUAUAUAUACAGUAUAUCUAUACGUAUAUAUGCAAGAGGCUUAUUUGGUAAUUAUUAUUACAGGUCCAUAAUUCCCUUAUAAUUUCCAAGGAAGUGUCCUGGACCAAACUAUGUCAUUUGGUAAUAAGUACAGGGAAAAUAGUGAAAAGGUUUGGUGAUCCUUGAGUUUAGUGUUCAGUUUAUUUCCAGAUGAAUUUUCUUCAAGGAACUGCUCAAUUUAAACCCAAGUAAACAUUGUUUCAUGAAUCAUUUAUUAUUAGAAAUGUUACUUUACCAUGUAUGUUGAAUUGUAUGUCUAUUUUUUUUUUUUUAAAUUGAAUCUUCAGCCUACCUGCUGUGCACUGACUAAAAGGCUCUCCAGGUAUGAAUGACCAAUUGAAGUACCAAAUUACUUUCCCUUGAAAUUACAGUUACAUUUCUGUUAAAUUCCAGGAAAUUACAAGAAAUAAUGGGGUCCCAAAUAUAAAGUGGCACCACUUCUUUAUAUCCACUGUCUUUUUUGUGAGGCAUUAUUGCAUAAAUGAUGAUAAACAGUAUUUUUUGUCUUGCAUUUGCAUUCUGUGUUACAACCACUGGACCUUUACUGUCAUAAUUACCAUCUGUACAAUGUAAGCAUUUUAAACAUGAUCAGAUAAAAUUUAAAACACUG